CUAAUCACACGAAAUUUCUCAUUUGCGAGCAACGGAAAACAGUUGGUUGGAGCGCUUGAUCGGCCGCCGCGAUGAAGAAGGAAGAUAUGGUCAUGCUGAUCAGCGCCGAGGGUUUCGAAUUUGUCAUCGACAACAAAGCGGCCAUGCUUUCUCAGACAAUCCGCAGUAUGCUCAAAGGUGGUUAUUACGAAAUGGAGCACAGAAAGGUAAAUUUUCCGGAGAUAAACACAAUUAUCCUGGAAAAGACCUGCCAGUAUUUUCAUUGGUCUCAUCAGUACGCUAGUGGCAAGGAAACUGAGUUCCACAUUGAACCUGAGCUUACGCUGGAUCUUAUGAUGGCCGCUAACUACCUCAACACCUGAUCAGUCUCCAAAUACCAGCAUCUCUAGUACUAUAAUACUAACCCUUGGAAGAUUGACGAGGUGUUGCUGUUCAUGUUCUGACAUUUGACAGCCCUUAUAGUAUCCAGUUUACGCCUUUCUAUUAUGCUUAGCUACAGCCGGGACGUAGUAAGGUGUUGGUCACUCUGUUAGCGUAGCGAUAUUAUAUCUGCGAAUAUGGCACUUAUACCAUUCUGUUAAAUGAAACUAUGACGAGAUAUUUUAGUCAAAGUCACUGCAUAUAUUCAAAUCCUAUGUAAAUUCGUGUUUGUAUGCC